CCUUGCCUCACACGCGCUGCUGCCCCGUCACCUGAGACACAGAAGCGACUCUGGACAAGGACUUGUGAGACAUUACGCAUUAAUCAAACUUAUCAUGGCACUGAGACGUGUCUGUCGGCUCCUGCUGAAUCCUCAAAGAUGUGCUAUUGUGUCAGCAUCCAGAGCACAGGGGACAGCUGCACCUGCUGUGCAAGAGUCUCAGAAAACCAAGUCCAAAACACCCAAAGUCCAUUUUAACUGGCAAGAUCCUCUUGACCUGGAUGGUCAGCUGACUGAAGAGGAGAUUAUGAUCCGAGAUUCUUUCCGCACAUAUUGCCAAGAGAAACUCAUGCCCCGCAUCUUAAUGGCAAACAGAAAUGAAGUGUUUCACAGGGAGAUUGUGUCAGAAAUGGGAGAGAUUGGUGUCCUCGGUCCAACUAUUAAAGGUUAUGGAUGUGCUGGCACCAGUUAUGUCGGUUAUGGUCUGAUAGCCAGAGAAGUGGAGAGAGUAGACAGCGGCUAUCGAUCAGUUAUGAGUGUCCAGUCCUCCCUCGUCAUGUACCCCAUUUACGCCUAUGGCACAGAGGAGCAGAGACAGAAGUACUUGCCCAAACUGGCUACUGGGGAGAUUCUGGGCUGUUUUGGUCUGACAGAGCCUAACCAUGGCAGUGAUCCCAGCAGCAUGGAAACCAAAGCAAAAUACAACCCAUCCAGCCGUACCUACUCUCUUACCGGAUCCAAGACCUGGAUUACCAACUCCCCCGUGGCCGAUAUUGCAGUAGUCUGGGCCAAGUGUGAAGAUGGAAAGGUGCGAGGGUUCAUUUUGGAGAGAGGGAUGAAGGGCUUGUCCACUCCAAAGAUCGAAGGGAAGUUUUCCCUUAGAGCUUCAGCCACUGGGAUGAUCCUCAUGGACGAGGUAGAGGUGCCUGAGGAAAACCUGCUUCCAAACACCUCAGGUCUGGGGGGUCCAUUUGGCUGUCUGAACAAUGCUCGAUAUGGAAUUGCAUGGGGUGCCCUCGGAGCGGCAGAAUUUUGCUUCCAUGCAGCUCGCCAGUACACACUCGACAGAAUUCAGUUUGGCGUGCCAUUGGCGAGGAAUCAGUUAAUGCAGAAAAAGAUGGCCGACAUGCUUACAGAGAUCUCUAUUGGCCUACAGUCCUGUCUCCAGCUGGGGCGACUCAUCGAUGCUAAAAAGUCAUCUCCUGAAAUGAUUUCCAUGUUGAAGAGAAACAGCUGUGGUAAAGCUUUAGACAUCGCCCGUCAGGCUCGAGACAUGCUGGGAGGAAAUGGCAUCGCAGACGAAUACCACAUCAUCCGCCAUGUUAUGAAUCUGGAGGCCGUCAACACUUAUGAAGGUACUCAUGAUAUCCACGCUCUAAUCCUGGGCAGAGCCAUCACCGGUUUGCAGGCCUUCACCGUGGAGAAGUAGAUCCAGGAGCAAGUACUGCUGUGAUCAAAUAUUGAAGUGUAAUUACAUGUAGACUUUGCAAUAUAAUACAAAGAGGGCUAUUUUUCUACUGUCUGUCAAUAGAGUGUAAUGUACUUGUAUAGAAACAGCAUUAUGAGAGCGGUUUUGGUUUUCCCAUUUCAUAUAUGGGAAAGAAUAAGUCCUAAGAACUUUACUUUUCUAUUAAGCAUUCAGAACUGGGCUGGAUACUUGUGGCUCAAUACAGUAUCAAGUGUUGUUAUUCAAUGCAACAAACUGUAACAUGUUUUUUUUUAAACAUAAUCAUUAGCAAGAUUAGACACUAAUAAAUAUUAACUGUAAUAACUGUAUUAAAGAAAGGUCAUCUCAUUGUAGACAAUGUUACUGUAUGCUGUGGAUCAUUUCAACAAACUAAGUUAACAUAUUUAAUUGCUGUGUCAAGUUUAAAUAAAUACAAGUUGAAUAAACACUAA